CUCAACUUUUUCCCUUUCUUUUACUUUUUCUCUCUCUCUUUUUCUCAUCCAGGUGUAUAUACUAAUACUAUAUAUAUAUAUAUAUGCAGUGCCGUAGGCAAGCUAUUCUCGGUCUCUACUUCUCUUUCAUUUUAUCUCCUCUUUCUUUUUCCCCGAUCUUGUUGACUACCCAUUUCCUUGAUUCAGUCAAAUUUCACAUUUUUCCUUCUCUUUUUCGUCAUGGAAGAGGCUAAGGUGUUGGAAGCUAAAGAUGGAACCAUUUCUGUUGCCUCUGCUUUUCCUGGUCAUCAAGAAGCUGUACAGGAUAGAGACCACAAAUUCUUAACACAAGCAGUUGAAGAAGCAUAUAAAGGGGUUGAAUGUAAAGAUGGAGGCCCAUUUGGUGCUGUUGUUGUUCGCAAUGAUGAAGUAGUUGUCAGUUGUCACAACAUGGUUUUGAAAAACACUGACCCUACUGCCCAUGCUGAGGUUACUGCUAUUAGAGAGGCAUGCAAGAAGCUCAAUCAGAUUGAGCUCUCGGACUGUGAAAUAUAUGCUUCCUGCGAACCUUGUCCAAUGUGCUUUGGUGCCAUCCAUCUGUCAAGAAUCAAGAGGCUGGUUUAUGGAGCCAAAGCUGAAGCAGCCAUAGCAAUCGGGUUUGAUGAUUUCAUUGCUGAUGCAUUAAGAGGUACAGGUUUUUAUCAGAAGGCUAACCUGGAGAUCAAGAAAGCAGACGGUACAGGUGCUAUCAUUGCAGAGCAAGUAUUUGAGAAGACAAAGGAAAAGUUUACCCUGUAUUAACUCCUUCAGUUCUUUGAAUCUUUCAUUACCAGAAACAGACUGCAGGUUGUGAUAAACUGCCCCUUUUAAGUUCUAAGUAUGCUGAUUUUAAAAGCAUAUGAGAAAUAAAAGCUAUAUUGUAACCUUUAUUUUGAAGAUAAGAAACAAAUGGCUAUGCCACAGAUUUUAUUUCCUCUCAAGAUUAUAUUCUUUUAUUGAGGGGCGAAACAUGUAUGAUCAUUGAGUUAAAUGUUCAGA